AGACAGCACAAUAGUCAGCUGCAUACCUCGCUUGACAACAAAUUCGGAUACGGCGCUUGCGCAUUUGGUUUACAUUUUAAAUUGAAAAGUUAACCGACACAAGAUGAACACGCCAGGCGUCAGCCUAUUCCAGGGCGCCGAUACGCUCAAGGUGAAUUCAACGUUGGAGCGCCAGGAGGAGGAGGAAGCGUUGCAGGAUCAAAAACGCCGCGAAGCUGAGCUGGGGAAUUUAUUGGAGAAUGCUUUCGAUGAUUUGGAUGACGACGACGACGACGAAGAGAGUACAAUUGACUCCACAACAAAUUAUCCAUCGAAUUUAUUGCCAGCACAGCCGUUGCCCCCACUGCCAGCGCCAGCGCCAUCCGCCCAGCAAGUGGAAUAUGUGAAUGCCAGCGAAAUGCACAAGCUAAAAAUGUUGCUGGAGUCGAAGACGCACGAGCUGCAGAACACCAAUAAGAUAGCGUCGGAUGCGCACAAGAAAAUCGAUGAGUACCAGAAGCGACUGACCAUCACCCAAGCGGAACUGGAGCGAGCGCUGCGCGAGAAGCAGAACAUGCACGAGCUGCUCGUGGACAGCAAGGAGAAGUGCUCGAAUCUGGACAACAAUAUCGAAAAGUUGCGCAGCGAAAAGAAAUCAGUGGAGGCGGAGAAUACACAGCUGGUGGGCCAAUUGGAGACGGCACAGGCGCUGUUGGCGGAUGUGCAGCGUAAAUAUGAUCUGGUCGAGCGGGAUCAGCAUAGGCGAGAGGAUCGCAACGUCGAUAUGCGUAUCAAACAGCUGGAGGAGCAUCAUCGUGCACAAACCGAACUGAUGCAGCAACAGUUCAGCCAGCUGAGCGAUCAGUUCGAUAAGAAGAAACAGGAACUCGAUCAGAUGCACAUGCGCUACAAUUCGUUGCAGUCUAGUCACGAGUCCAUGCUGCUGGACAAGGCGGCCAAGAUCAAUGAGCUCAACUCGGCACUGGAUGUGGCGCAGCAUCGCUGCAAUCAGUUGACUGCGCAGCCCAGUUACGAGGCGGAAUAUACGCGUCAGCAGAUAUGCAUUGCGGAUUUGCAUGCCCAGAUUAGCAGCAGAGAUCAGACGAUAGCGCAGUUAACGGAUCGCUUGAAUGGCGCCACAGCCGAAAUGGAUCUAAUGGACACACUGAUACAGCAACAUCAAUCCGAAUCGGGGACACUAAGUCACCUGCCGUCGUAUCUCUCGGGCAGCACACCCCUCAAUCCCGCUGAUCGCAUGGGUCACAUCAAACAUGAACUGUAUCGUGCCCUGGGCAAUCUCAAGAAUAAGCGUGAAGAGGUGCGCCGCCUGGAGAAGCAGCUGGGCGAGCGAACAAACGAGUUGCGCACGCUACGCGAUGAGGAGAACAAAACACUCGUGCAGCUGGCCACGCUUAAGGAGGAUAAAACGCGUCUGGAGACGCGCAUUAAGGUGCUGCAGGAGCAGCUGGAGGACCGACAGCACAACUCCUCCCUGAACGUGUCCAAAAUGCGCAGCGACCUGGAUACACUGAUAACGGAGCGUGAUACACUGCGUCAGCAGGCCGAUAGCCAAAAUGUAGAGCAACAGAAACUGAGUAAACAGUUGCAACUGUUGCAGUCACGCCUGGACACACUGAGACAGGAGAACGAGCAGCUGAGAUGCACAUGCGAUCAGCUAACGGAUGACAAACGUCAGCUGGAGAUGCGUGCCACCGGCGACGAUGUGCGACUGGAGCUGGAGCGGCACAAGAUUCUGCUGAAGGAUGCCCAGGGCGAGGUGGAGCGACUGAAGACGCUCUACACGGACAUUGCCAACGAGAAGGAGUCGCUCAACUAUCAGCUGCGCAAAGUGAGCGACAAGGAUAGCGUCAAGGAGUUGCAGGAGCAGCGUCAACAGAUCGCUCAGCUGCAGCGCAACGUGCAGCUGGCCGAGCUGAAGGCCCAAGAGCUCGCCAAGAUACUCGAGACGGAGAAGACGCGACACGAGCGAGAGUUGCAAACGCUGCGCGAGAAAUGGGAGCGGGAGAAGCACGACGAGGUGCUCAAGGCCGCCAAAGAGAGCUCCAGCAAUUGCAGCAAGUGCAACGAUCAGCUGGCCGAGAUCACCAAGAUUGAAAUCCAAAUGCUAAAGCUGCAGAAUACGAACUCCAUGCAAGCCAAGGAAUUGGAUGAGCUGAGAGGCGAGUUGGAAAAGACGGAACAACUGCAACUGGAGCUGGAGGCUAAGGUGCAGCUGGCGGCGGAGCAGGCGAAACAGCUCGGCGAACUGAAGGCCAAGGCGCAGCAAUACGAGGAGCAACUGCAGCAGGAGGCAGCUAAGAUGACAGCGCAGCCAAGUCCCGUCAGCUCAAAUCCGGAAGUCAACGGGUCGCCAACAUCGCCGGAGUUGACUCAGGUGCGGAUCAAGCGCAUCGAGCAGCGUGUACGCGAUGAGAUGGCCAAAUUGUUUGCUGCCGAACUAAAACGCUUCACGAUGCGCGCCCAGCAAUCGGAUGAGCGCAGCCAAUGCCUGCAGCGAGAGUAUCAAGUGGUCCAACGGGAUCUGCAGCAGCGUCAAACGGAGGUGGAGGUGCUGAAGCAGACAAUACUCGCGGAGCGCGAACACAUGCAGGAUAUGCUGGACGACAAGGAUGACAAACAGAAGCAACUGGUGCAAAAGUGCCGCAACGAGUUGCAGGCGAAGAAUCAACGUAUCGCCGAUCUGCUCCGCGAACUGGACGAGCAGCAUGCGAGCAUCGAAUCGGAGCGUCGCUCGAUGAAGGCCGUGAUGACUGAGUGGGACAAACAGAAGCAAUCCAUCGAACAGGUCGAGCAACAUUGGCGCAACCAUGUACAGGCGGUGCUCGACAAGCAUGCGGAGGAGCUGCAGGCCACCGAGAAGCGCUAUCAGAGCGCCAAGCGCACCGUCCACAACUACAAACUCUAUCUGGAGGCCAAGGAUGCGCACACGAAGAGCGAAAUCGAGCGCAUCAAGCAGGAGUACAACACAUCCCUCGUCCAGAUCGAAGCCAAACUGCAUCAGCAUUUCCAUCAGCGCAAAAGUGCUCGCGAUGAGCUGCCCAAGAAUACAAACGAUAAGGAAAAUGAGCCGAGCAAUCAUUGAAAUUGUAAUUUGGCAUUCUUAGUGAAUUGUUUAUACUAGUUUUGUACGGCGCUAAAUAAUGUUUUAUGUCCAAUUGUUUUUUAUACGAAUGAAUAGAAUUAAAUACAUUUAUCGUUACAUUCCCAAACAGAUCACGCUAAUUUCAAAUUUAAGCUGUUUUUGGUAGAAGUA